AACCCACACACACGGGGGACUGAACCUAUCUUUUACUGUCUAUGGACUGAACAGAGUUCGGUUCGAUUUGUUUUUUAUUUCGCUAUGGUAGCAGGACAGCUAUCGAAACAAUAUAUGUAGGAGCCAAAGAGAACCGUGAGAAAAGUAGCCUUGGUAAAAUAGUCUAUUUAGGAAAGAGAAAGUUUUAUUAUAAUUAUUAUAACCGAAACUCUGGGGGUCAAUAGAAAUUGUUCUUAAAAGAGUUCUUAUACAACCUUGAUAUCAAUCUGUUAGCCUUUAUUAGUCGAUAUUUUCAUGCACUUCUUUCACAGUAGGCCUACAUUUUUUAGGUUGAACAGUUCUGAUAGAUCUCUCUCUGGGGGUAGUCUAAGGUUGAAACAAACACCCUGUAAUAUCUUUGUGACGUCAUGAAUUCACCCGGCCAUCACAACACACCUAAUAUUGUGUUUACAAAGAGGGAUCAACCUAGACCACCAUCGGACCCAGUGGCUAGCAGCCCCUUUGUCAUCGUCUCCCGCUCCCUUCUUCCUGUCCCAUCAUCCUCCUCCACCCUCCUCCAUCCAUCCUCCGCCAUGGACGAGCAGCUGUGGGAGCGCUGUGUGACGCAGCUGAUGGACGAGGGUCAGUGCGCCGACUGCGCCGUGGUGAGGCUGCGGAGUGGCGCAGUGCUGGCCGCAGCCGAGGGCGGUUCCUUCGGGCACCUGAGCCGCCGCGAGCUGCACCACCUGCUGGCGGCGGACCGGCGGCGCCUGCGCACGCGAGGCCUGAGUCUGGGCGGCGUGCCGCUGCUGCUGCUCAGGGACGAGCUGCUGGGGAGUGAGGACGAUAACGGAGAUAACGGCCACGGCGGGGCCGGCCUCCGCAGCAUGGACCUGCGCACCAAACAGCGUCCCAGCCAGGGCGUGGCCGUGUGCCGCACCCACAGCCACCUCCUGCUGCUCAUGGGGCGCUGUGAAGUGGGCAGUGGGAUGCUCAACCACAGGGCCCACCAGAUGGCAGCGUGCCUCCGCAACGCUGGCGCUUAGACAGGAGCCGGGCAAACAUUAACACAUCACAUCUCCAGACAGAGGGAAAGAGGGAGGGAGGGAGAGAUAAUAAGAAUGGAGGGCAAGAGUGUGGGAGCACACUGCAUAAAAAGAGAGAGAGGGAGAGGGAGAAAGAAGGUAGGAGUAGCAAGUGAGAGUGUGGGAGAGAGAGAAGGAGAGAGAGAGAAGGAGAGAGAGAGAAAGAAGGAGAGAAAGAGAGAGAGAAGGAGGUAAGAACAUGGAGUGGGAGAGAGAGAGAGUAGUAGGCUGUACAGAGAGAGGGAGAGAGAGAGAGGGAAAGAGAGAGAGAGAGAGAGAGAGGCACCACAACGAGACACAACUGGGAGGGAAUUCCCAGGACAUAUAAACAGCAACAAGUUGGUCUAGAGGCCUAAAUUACUGGGAUUACGGGCUGUGUCUGCGUGAGGGUUAGGGUUAGGAUUAGGAUUUACAUAGUGAGACCUGCUUGAGAGGCAGGCGGCUCAUUCAUUCCUCCGAGGAUUAUAAUCCAACUCAAAGGGAAACAAUGCUGAGUGCACCGCAAACUCCCACACACCUCACAACUGAACUGAAGGAAAUAAACAACAAUAUGAGGAGCAGA